AUGUUCUUGGAGGGCAAUCUCUACAGGAAAGGCAAACCCCACCUCGAUCUGGAUAACCCUGAUCGGGGAAGCACCACCCCGUUGAAGGGCGGGGAGAAGAAGGCUCCCACCUCUCAGGAGCUCACCCUGAGCUACCUCUGUGAGAAUCCCCUCAGACUGGCGGGCACCGCCGACAAGGAGCAGCAGCUCCUGCCCGGGAGGAAUCUAUUGGGCGCCCUGGGCGGCUCCUCGCGUGGCGUAAAGGGUAAGGAGGUCGCUUCUGAGAAGCCGAUCCACGAGGAGGGGCGGUGGGUGGAGAGGGAUUUCCUCCAGCUGAGCGGCGGUGGAGCGCACCCGAAGCGGGAAGCAACUAGUGGUGUAGACGGGGGCGAAGAUCGCGGGAAGAAGCCGAAGGUCGAGGCCCUAAGCCUUUCUCUUGCUCUCCCUAACCUCGGCUUGUCGCUCAGCUCCUCCAACCCCUUGCCCUCAUCGGGGCCGGCGGAAGGAACGGCCGCGGCGCCGGCAGCAUCCCCACCGGCGACCCAGGAGGCGCUGAUUACAAUUCCGGCGAAGCGGACGCAGAGCAUCAACACCCACAAUACCCGGGCGAGCUCUGACGAUUGCGCGGCCUCUCGAUCCUACUCCUACUACUCCAACUACUCCAACCCUUUCUCGCACAAUCCCAGCUGCUCCCUGACGCGCAAUUCCACUGAAAAUCUCGAGUACUCGAAGGAGAACGAUCACAUAUGGUGCGCCGGUGAGGGCACCAAUGGGUCUGUCCACAGCCGGUUCAAGCCCAUCGGGGAAGUGAAUAUCAGCAGCAUCAACUUCUCAAACCACCAAGGUUUCCAUCGCCUGCAGACCAACGGCAAGGAGGCGAAUAACAGCGUUUACAGGGCAAAUAGUUCCGAUACUUGUUCCUUCUUUCCGUCUGAGCUACCUGCAAAGCCGAAGGAGACUGGUCGCGCGAGCUCGGAUGGGUGGAGGCACGCCGCCCUCCCCACCGUGCCGGAUGGGAUCUUGAAAGAAAUAGCUUUGGAGUCGGUUCCUGCCGUGGCACAGAAGAUUCAGGAGAUCCCCGGCGAUUCCAUUGAGGCCAUCAGAGUUUACUUGAGGAACAUGAUAGGCGCCCCGGAGAAGAGGGACGAAUUCGCCAGCCUCCAGAGGAAACUCGAGAGGAGAUCUGACCUCACGCAGGAGAUUCUCCUCAAGGCCAACCGGUUCCAGCUCGAGGUGCUGGUGGCGGUGAAGACGGGCCUCUCGACCUUCCUCUCGGGGAAGACCCGGCUCCCGACCUCCGAGCUGGUCGAGAUAUUCUUGCUCUUGAGGUGUAAAAAUGUCAACUGCCGGAGUGUUCUUCCCGUUGAGGACUGCGACUGCAAGAUCUGCUCCACCAAGAAGGGCUUCUGCAGCGCGUGCAUGUGCCCCAUAUGCCUGAGCUUCGACAGUGCUCAGAACACCUGCAGCUGGGUGGGGUGCGACAUAUGCUCCCACUGGUGCCACGCCGUCUGCGGCAUCCAUAAGAAUGUCAUCAGGCCAGGGCCCUGCUCCGGAGGAGAGCCAGGGUCAACGGAGAUGCAGUUCUACUGCCUCGGCUGUGGGCACGCCUCCGAGAUGUUUGGCUUCGUCAAGGAUGUCUUCAUGUCCUGUGCCAAGGAUUGGGGCUUGGAGACUCUUUCCAGGGAGCUGGACUGCGUCAGGAAGAUCUUCCAGGGCAGCAAGGAUUUGAGAGGCAAGGAGUUGAAUGCCAAGGCCGAGGGCAUGCUGAUCAUGCUCGAGAAGAAGCUCAUCUCCCCCGCGGACGCCUGCAACAGCAUGGUGCAGUUCCUCACGUGUGAGUCUCCUUUCCCUAGAUAUCUGCGUUCAGUAAGGUUUAUUCGUGCUUCCUGCAGGGGGGGGGAGAGAAGUCAUUCACCCGUCAAUACUCUCAUCAGGCUAUCUUUUUUACCCUUUGGCUUGAAGGGUCUGCCAUGGACAGAAAAAAAAUAGCUAAACAUAGAAUAUGAUCGAUAUGCCCCGUUCAUUGACUGGUUAAGCUGCAUCGAGCUCGAAAUGAUUAAAUUAACUAGAGUACUUUGGAUCUUUUUUCCAAAGUAAGCUUUUUUCAUGCAAGAUCCAGGAAAAUACUCAGCCUGGCAGCCAGCUUUCCUACACCCCCCCUCGCAUUGACCCUGAUUUGUUGGAGGCUCACCGAUGAAAGUGAAGAACAUGCAGAACUAUUAACGUUGACUCCUGGGCACGGAUCAAGCUUUUUGUACUAUUUUUUCUUUUUAUAGUGUAUUGUUCUCCGAGUGUUGUUUACUUUGUGUUCCAUUCCUUUUCUGGUAAUUUUUUUUUGGGGGAAAAAAAGAAGUGCUUUUGAAUUAUUUUGGAUCAAUUCAUCCUGGAUUCCUGGAAUUUAAUGCCGUUCAGGGGUCCUCCUGUGACAGUCUGUGAUUUGUUUUUUGGGUGUCUUCUUAUGGAAAAUCCACAGGCGGGCCUUCCGAGUUCUCCACUACCGCCCGUGUCUCCAAGGACAAGGCGACAGCCCCGUGGAUCCGGCGAGAGGACGCCAACGUCCACAGUCUUGCGCCGUCUGCCACGGGCUCCGCUUACAACGCCGUAAACCCCGGUGGCGCCGCUAGGGAUCCGGCGAAGGACGGGCUGAAGAAGAGCGAGACGAAGGUGGUCGAAUCAGAGCCGCCGAAGGAGGGGUACGACAGCCUGGAGAGCAUCGUGCGGUUCAAAGAGGCCGAGGCGGACUUGUUCCAGCGGCUGGCCGACGAAGCGCGGAGGGGGGUGGAGCGGUACCUGCAGACAGCCCGGGCCAAGUCCAAGGAACUGGAGGAGGAGUACGCCACCAAGCUCGCGAAGCUCUGCUUGCAGGAGACGGAGGAGCGCAGGAGGAAGAAGCUCGAGGAGCUGAAGACCCUCGAGAACUCCCACUACGACUACCACAACAUGAAGAUGAGGAUGCAGGCCGAGAUCGCCGGCUUGCUGGAGAGGAUGGAGGCGACCAAGCAGCAGUGGGUCUGA